CAUACACCGAUUCAGUAAAUGUUUAUUCUCUACUGAUAAAAAGUGGUGUGUUGAGUGAAAAAGAAGUAAUGUGUUCAUUUUUACUUUCAUAACUUCACAAUAAGCUACACAAUACACAAUAUCGCGAUGUUUUGCCACGUGCACCACCUCAGCAUGUUUUGUAGGCCAAAAUGAACCAGUGAUUUGAAUAUGUACAUUUAUAACACAGAUCAUCGAAAUGGCUAAGGUUUUACUGAGAGGCCAAUUCCAAAUGAUACAAUGGAAGAUUGAUUAGCCACAACAAUGUCAUGUGCAUCAAAGAUGGUAAAACAAGCUUUAAAGAUAUUUGUUGUAAAAAUGAAUUUCAUUUUUACUCGUUUUACAGGUGAAUUAAAAAUAUGGAAUCUUGUGGAGUAUUAAAGGCAUGCAGAAACAGGAUGAAGGCAGUGACUGGUGUAAAGCAUUGCUGUAUUACAGACGUACACGCACCUGAAAAUGCAGAAAAAGAUAAUUACGUCUUGUACAAGGAGAUAAAAAGACCUGCGGUAGACUGUUUUCAACAAAAACAGUUAGAAUAUGGAAAGGCUGAGUCAGGUAUGUUCAUCAAAAGGCUUAAAUCAGGUUGCUGUUGUCAAUUGAUAGAUUUUAUCAGCAGUGACAUGUUUAAAGCAUCUGCAAAAUCUUUACAUCAGGAAGAGAGAAUGCAAGAGGAGUUGGAGAAAAAUGAAAUAAAGUCAAUGUCAGAAAUUUUCACAAAGAACGGAGAUCCAAUUAAAUUUAUUUAUAUCACUGCAGAAACAGGGUCUGGUAAGAGUACUUUUUGUAAAAACUUGUUUGACUGUCGGUGUAGGGCACACAGUGGCGGACACAAUGACGAGUUGAUGAAGAUGAAGAAAUUUGAUUUCAUGAAUAGUCAAAGUAUCGAAGAAAUGCAUGAAACGCAAUAUGAUAAGACAAAAAUUGUGUUCAAACUUCUGGAAAAUGAUGCUGCAAAGAUUAAUGUAAUACCUGAUGGUUUAGAUGGAUGGUCUUUUAACAGGGAGACUAGAAAUGACUUCCAGGCAGGCUUUCCCGAACACAAUAUUACCAUUGUUACAACAUCACGACCCGGGAAAAUUCUUUACAGUUUAAGACCUUUGAAGAAUAUAGAGACCAACCUAUACCCUCUUACAAGUGCUAAAUAUAUUCAACCAGCGUUUGGAGAUUUCAUUGGAAAGGAAAUAAAUUUAGACACAGCAUUUUGCAGUAUUACUGUUGACCAAGGUAUGUUUUCUUCAUUUCCUCCAAUAUGUACAAACAAAAAGAACAUGAUGAACACAAAUUUGUAUCUUUCUCUUCGGUCUCUUAAAACUUUAGACGAAAAAGCUGAUAACUUAGUUAUUCAAACUGAUCCUUUAUAUACUGCAACCUACCUUAUACAAAGUUUUACACAGCAUAUUUUAAGACCUCAUAUCGACACCAUCGCUGAACAUGACAGCCACUUUCUUAAAGUUACUUUUCUAAACAAAGGUAUUGAUUUCAUCGAUUUACCUAGUAUUUUUCGUGAUAAACGCUUUACCGACGCGAUUCCUAAAUAUUUCAAAACUUCUGAGAUUCCAAUUAUUUGCUGUAAAUUUAAAACACUUGUCAGAAAUAUCAUAUUCAAUUAUAACAAAAUUGUCUUCCACCUAGAGUUGAGUCUAAUACACCAACUAGUUGCAAUUGAGACUGCAAAAAAUUCUAAAUUCUGUAUUUUGGAAUUUUGGCCAUAUAAUCACUGGUGAUUUUGAUAUAAUAAACGACAAGACAAUCCGUAAUUUAUUUCUUAGGGGACCAAAAUAUAGAAUUCCUUCCGAUAUAGAUUUUAGUACUUGUCGAAGUCAGAUAGCUGAAUCGAUCGAGGACUUUUCAGUAAAAUGGUGUCGCCGCGAAAAUGCUGACAGCAAUGCACUUAAUACAUUUGAAACAUAAUAUUGUUACGAAAACUCUUCUACUUUUUGUGAAAAGCUUUGUUUUAUUCACUCUUUUCUCUUAAAAGUCAACCAUUUCUCUAUGCUGGUAUAAUGAACAAGUCUAGUCCAAGUGAAAGCAGGAUUAUAUUUAUUGCAGUAAAUCAAAAUAAUGCAUCAUUUUAUUUUCUAUCAACAGUCAAAACCAAAGUAAAAUUCUUAACAACUUCAACAAAUACAUUUCUUCAAUUACUAACUAACUCCAACUCAAAAACCCAACUCACUCCAAAACUCCUCAAAAACCUCAAAACUAACCUGUUUGCGCAGCUAGGGUGGUGUGCAAAAGUAGACUGUUGCGCGACCUCUUAUUGCGCGACCUCUCCAGUUUUGCACACAACUCAUUGCACGACCUGAAUGUUGCGCGACCUUUUAAAAUGCUGACAAUGCCUUAACAAAAUGUUCAAAAUGGCCUGCAACUGGUUCAGGUAUACAGACUGUUGUACAAUACAAACAUUAGUACAAAAAUACAUAAUAGUUAUAUAAAUUUACAUGUUUGAACACUCAAUAGGAUA